GUAAAGUGUUAAACAAUUAAAUGCAGUCAUAGAAUGGGAUCCAUAGACAACAUAUUUUUAGUGUUUUUAACACUAAUUCUUAUAUGUUUUUCACUAAUAAAUGCACAGAAUGUAAAGAAUUCAAGCAUCGAAACGAUUAAUGUCUUACUAAACGAUCUUGGUAAUGGACAAAUCAUUGAAAGUCCUGGAUUUCCCACUAAGCCCUAUCCCAAAGACUAUAAAGUUAAUUAUGAAAUUAAGGUAAAUCUAAGCGAAAGAAUCCAACAGUUAUCGAGUCGACUGAGACUUACGUUAGAAUACGUUGCGAUCGACCCGUCAGACCACUGCAAAGACACUAAUUUACAAAUAAUAUUUCCUAAGGGAGAGCUGAGAACUUUUUGUGGACUACACGCCGGAAAAACAAUGGUUUCCGACUCGGGUUCGGCCAGAAUUGAGUUUAGGGGCAAUUCUUUAGGUCAGGACAGGGGCUACAAAAUACGGGCCGAAAUUGUUUCGUCUAAAUGUUCGCAAAAAUUCGUGAAUCAAAGCGAAGGUAUUAUACAAACACCAAAUUAUCCCAAGAAUUAUGGCAAUGAAGACACUUGUGUUUGGGAUAUUGAGGUCCCGAAAGGCAAAUACGUUAAAUUGGAUUUCGACGACACGUUUGCCAUCAAUGCUGCCAAUGAUAUUUGUGCCGAAGACUAUCUGCUUGUCAGCCAAAGCGGCGACUUUGAUACUGAUGUUCAGAGGUUUUGCGGUAAUCAAAAGCCAGACGUUAUAAUAUCGGACUCAAACAGAAUGCUUAUUAAAUUCAACUCAAAUUCUGUAAACACUGGCAAAGGAUUUCGGGCUAAGUUUGUUGAACACAACAGACCAGAGGCCGCGCCCGCGAGACUACCAGAACUCACACCCGAAGGCUGUCCUUGCGGCAAAGAAAAUCUGCGAAUUGUUAAACGAAUAGUUGGCGGCAAAGAAGUAGAUCCGGCGCAUCGAUAUCCAUGGAUGGUCUCCGUUGGAUCCAUUCGUGGGUCUCCUUUCUGUGGCGGCGCUCUUAUCAAUAAUUUUUAUGUAUUGACUGCCGCCCACUGUGUGUACGACGAGGUGCCCGAAAGUAUUGGCGUCCGAAUCGGUCAGCACAGCCUUCAGGAGUCGACACCCAUAUUAAAGAUCACCAAAAUUACGGUAAACGACAAAUACAACUCCGUGUCCCAGAAGGACGACAUCGCACUCCUCCGACUCGCCCAACCCAUCAAAUAC